CGUCUUUUUUCAAGACUUAAAUCUGUUGCCUGGGUGACUGAUUGUUGCGCUGACAUAUCAAUGGGAGAGUAUUUGAAGGAAUUCGUGGAUGAGACCGCUUGGUACAACAUCCUUGUGUUGGGAAGCCUUUUGCCUACAAAGCUUUGGGAUCCGCUCCCCCAUAUCUUCCAAACUUGGCUGCGAAACUACAUUGCCGGGAAUUUGCUUUAUUUCAUCUCUGGUUUCCUUUGGUGCUUCUAUAUUUACUACUUGAAACGCAAUGUUCAUGUUCCCAAAGAUGCUAUACCUACAAAUAAAGCCAUGCUCUUGCAAAUUUAUGUUGCUAUGAAGGCCAUGCCAUGGUACUGUGCUCUUCCAACUCUUUCCGAAUACAUGGUUGAAAUUGGAUGGACAAAAUGUUAUGCCAGAAUAAGCGAUAUCGGUUGGCUUAUGUAUGUGGUAUAUUUAUUUAUAUAUCUUGCUUUUGUCGAGUUUGGCAUUUACUGGAUGCAUAGACAGUUGCAUGACAUAAAACCUCUAUACAAGUAUCUUCAUGCAACUCAUCACAUCUACAACAAGCAGAAUACCCUUUCACCAUUUGCUGGUUUGGCUUUUCACCCUCUGGAUGGAAUACUGCAGGCAGUCCCUCAUGUCAUAGCACUGUUCAUUAUACCAACUCAUUUUAGAACCCACAUUGGACUCUUAUUCCUCGAGGGCAUCUGGACAACGAACAUUCAUGAUUGCAUCCACGGAAACCUCUGGCCUAUCAUGGGUGCUGGCUACCACACCAUUCACCACACUACGUAUCGCCAUAAUUAUGGCCAUUACACCAUAUGGAUGGAUUGGAUGCUUGGAACCCUACGUGACCCCGUUGACGAUGAAGGCAAGAAGGUGACAUAGCUGUGUCUGCUUGUCUUGGCAUCUUGGUUUGUCUUGAAAUUUCUUUUAGUUUGUUGGUUAGGUCAGCAUGUUAGUUGCCUCUUAGGCUUAUUGGCACAAGGGUGUAUGUUAUUUUGGUCGUAGGUUUUAAACCAUCCUUCGCUACAAACUUUGUA